UGGAUCACGAGGGGACGAAUUAGCCCGCUACCUAAGUUCAAAGAAAACCUUUUUAAAUUGAGUUAGAAUAGGCUACCAAUCUUCAGUUUAUCUUAUCUCCGUUCCUACCUCCAUGGAAGAAUGAAUCGAACUGUUCACCAACAAGCUGAAGAUGUUAAAGCAAGCAGCCUUAGCCUGCUGCAAGCUCUAUGUAUCCGAGAGCAGAAAUGCCAAGACACUGGAAGCCAUAGGGAAGGCAGCCAAAGGUCACCCACUGUCUUCUUUACUCAAUGUAUUUGAAGACAAGGACUACAAUCGUGUUGGAUACACACUUGUAUCACAUUUGGAACAUGGAAUCUCCUUGUCAUCUCCUCUGCAAGAAGCAGUAUUGGGUAUGGCUAAAACUGCAUUACAGUACAUAAAUCUUGAAGAGCACGGUGGAACUCAUCCUCGGCUUGGGGUUGUUGAUCACAUAUGUUUCCACCCGCUAGGAGAAGCUUCUCUCAGUCAAGUGGCCUCUCUAGCUUGCUCUGUGGCUGCUCAGAUUGGUACCACUCUCAAUGUACCCACAUUUCUGUAUGGAGCAGCACACCAUGAAAACAGAACCCUGGAUUCAAUCCGGAGAGAAUUGGGCUAUUUCAAGCCCAAUCGUGAGGGGCAAUGGGUGGGGUUAGCUUCUGUUCCUUUGAGCCUGUCACCAGAGUUCGGGCCAUGUCAAGUUUUACCAAGGACUGGGGUUGUGGUUGUGGGUGCAUGUCCUUGGGUGGUCAAUUACAAUGUGCCAAUUGUUUCCAGUGAUCUUGUCAUUGGCCGGAGGAUUGCAAGAAAAGUGAGUGCGAGAGGUGGAGGUUUGCCAGGUGUUCAGGCCAUGGCCUUGUUACAUGGUGAUAAGGUCAUGGAGAUUGCUUGUAACUUGCUGGAUGCCAAAAGUGUUGGUCCAGAUAAAGUUCAAGCAGAAGUGUCUUUACUAGCGGAAAAAGAAGGUUUGAAAUCAGAACAGGGCUAUCUCACUGACUAUUCAGAAGAUCAGAUUUUAGAGGCUGCUUGCAGGAGAUUAAAAUUAUUUUAAAGGAAAUAAUUCAGCCAGCAGAGCUUAUGACUACUUUUUAUAAUUUCAUGGUAAGUACAUAAUAAAACAGAGACCUUAUUGCUUGAAGCAUCAAUUAUAUCAAAUUCAAGUCUUCGGAGGUCUAAAGCGCACAUUUUGUGACCAAUCUUGAUUCCUAAAUAGGAAAUCAAUUCUAAAUAGGUAGUAACUGCAACUAUUACAAUAUAUGCGAGAUGGAUUUCCCAUCAUUUAAGCCAUUGUAGGGCAUGGCCUUAGAGCUUCAGUUAUUCCUGGAUUUUGAGGAGAACUGAGGCUUCUUCCCUAUUAUAAUUCAUAGGGGAUUUAAAUCUUUCUCAGUUGAUAAGGAGAUACGAGUAAGGAACUUAACCAGCCUCCCCUGGCUUGGUUGCUUGUCACAAUUCUCUAUGGAUGGAAUGUAAUUGGUGAUAAUUCUUUAUUCACUUAAAUGGUAAUGGUUUUGCAGGCCGUAUAACAAUGUUGUUUUCUUAUCUGUUAUCUAUUCAAAUUUAGAUUUUUGAUGCAA